CUCGAGCUGGCAUUUUUUCUUUCUUAGUGCGCAUUGCUUUCCUUGUUCGUGUGCUGUGUUUGGAUUUGACGAUGAAAGUGCUUCAGAACUGUUUGGUAAUUUGACAUUCGUAAAACGUCAUUUACAGCUUUUGCAUGCGCUUAGUUGAGCCUCUUGAAGCGGCCGUGGAUGGUGGCGCCCCUAUCUCAUUUAGCUGGAAUUGCUGACAACAGAUUUGAACCGCUAGUUUGACUGACAGGUGCAUUGACUUUUUGGAUAGUUUCAUCAUUAGCAGAAGGUAAAAACAAAAGCACCGGUUUUCCUGCUGAUGUUAUAACCCUUAGCUGGAAAAUGUAUUCUUAAUUUAUAUCGUCCUUUGACAUCGAGUUGGAGAAUCAUAUUAACACCAAUACAUCAUUCUUCGUUUAGCCUACUUUUACAUAAUUAUAUACAUAUAUGGGUUUUAAGUGACGAGCAAUAGAUCCAUGUGACAAAGGCGUCAUCUAUGUCAAUACUAUGGAGAUGUUUUAAAGCAAAAUCUAGCCCGCCUGUCACUUUUUACACGAUUAUCACUGACCUAAAUUUUGAGGCUUGGGGGUGAGAAAAGAUGCUUUGAAUCAUCCGGAUUUGUUUGUAAUCUGGGUCAUGCAAUUUAUUCUAAAUUCGUUUGAGGGCUCAUGAGUGGUCUACCUACUGGCUACCGCACUGAAGAUGAUUUUCGCAGAAAAAUGAGCGCAGUCUAAAAAUGCAUUUCAACGGAUGGACAUUCAUGACAGCAGUCAACAUCGAACAUUCACCCAUAAUAAUUAUUUUGAAGUCUCUCGAUUGUAUCCAGGCAAUUAUGCGUUCGUGAAACAUUAUAGUCGCUAAAAAUAAUGCCAGGACUGAAUGGCAAAUGGAGUUCCCUCAUUUUUGUCGUUUGGACCGUCAGUUGCGCAUUUAUAUUUUGUGAGUAUUUGAUAUAUUAUCCAGCAAUUUUUCAGUGUGCUUGGCCGGAGAUGGAUCGUGCACCAAGCGGAGAAAGCAGAGACCGGGAGCCUGUUCCAAUUCUCCGCGCUUUGAUCCUUUCGGAUACACAUCUCUUGGGAGCUAUCAGGGGACACUGGUUCGACAAACUCCGAAGGGAGUGGCAGAUGGAGAGGGCUUUCCAGACGGCGAUGUGGCUACUGCGGCCAGAGGUGGUCUUCAUUCUUGGAGACAUCUUCGACGAGGGAAAGUGGAGUUCCACAAAGAACUGGGACGAUGACGUCCGGCGCUUUCACAAGAUGUUCCGUCACCCAAGAGACACAGAGCUGAUUGUUCUUGUUGGGAACCACGAUGUCGGCUUCCAUUCCGAGAUGAACUGGUAUAAGCUGCAGCGCUUCGAGAAGGUCUUCAAUGUCACCUCUGCCAGAAUGGUCACUAGGAAAGGAGUCAAUUUCCUGCUGGUGAACAGUGUGGCCUUGCACGGGGAUGGCUGCCCCAUCUGCCAGACAGUAGAGAGUGAGCUCCUUCGCCUUUCCCAGGACCUCAACUGCUCUCUGCAGCAGAGCAUGCAGGCAGCCCCCAUGGCAGAAGACUGCAGCGAUGCCCGGUGGCUCCCCUUCUCCCGGCCUGUCAUCCUGCAGGUAGGCCAGCAGGGCUGCAGAGGGCAGCGGAGGGAACUGGCACACUUGCGAGUCCCGCAUUACCCUCUGUACCGAGUCAGUGAUGCCACCUGCACAGGACAAGAUGCCACCCCACCCGAGCAUCGCCACCUGCUGUUCAAAGAGCAGUAUGACGUGCUCUCUCAGGAAGCCUCUCGGAAGCUUCUCUGGUGGUUUCAGCCCCGCCUCAUACUGAGUGGCCACACCCACAGCGCCUGUGAAUUUCUCCAUGCAAACAAGUACCCCGAGAUCAGCGUUCCCUCCUUUAGCUGGAGAAACCGCAACAACCCAAGCUUCAUCCUGGGCUCUUUCUCCUCUGCCAGCUACAUGCUGUCCAAGUGCUUCCUCCCCGAGGAGAGCACGGUUAUCACCAUCUACUGCAGCGCUGGAGCCGCCGUCCUGCUGCUACUGCUGCUGCUGCACCUCCACACAGUCCGCUGCACCCUGCAGCUCGCCGGCUGCCUGCUGGCCAAGCACAAGACUGUCUGACUCCGCCCCUCAGCCCUCUGGACCAAUAAAAGCACACAUACUCUCCCAACUUAUUCCUUCUGGCCCAAAAGCAGCACAUGUACCCUUCCCCAUUCCUCCCUGUGGACCAAUAGAAGCACUCAUACCUACCAGCUAUUUCCCUGUGGACCAAAAGAAGUACAUAUACCCUCACACAUUCCUCCCUCUGGACCAAAAGAAGCACAUGUACCUUCCCACAUUCCUCCCUGUAGACCAAACAGAAGCACACAAACCCUUCCCCAUUCCUCCCUGUGGACCAAAUUAAGCACACAUACCCUUCCCCAUUCCUCCCUGUGGACCAAUAGAAGCACACGUACCCUUCCCCAUUCCUCCCUGUGGACCAAUAAGAGCACAUGCCACUCAAACAGUGGUCAGAAAUGCAGGGAACCAAUGAAAGCAAACAAGCACCUCUAGCCUCAAAGCGAGUACGAGCCCCAGAUCCUGUCCACUGCUUUGCGUGGGCCCUCAUCGUUCUCUCUGCACAGCGGAGCAUCAGCCUGAAACGACAGUCGAGUAUAUCCAACCCUAUCGAGUUUGGAUAUUCAGCAUCUGAAAAAGGGGAGUUUGCCCUACCACACACCUGCUGAAUAAAAGCCUCUAAUGAACCCACUUCAGACAGGUACUCUGGACCCUGGGGGUACCGGACUAAUAGAGGAAAAUGCCAAACCGGGGUUUGUACAACUCAGCUUAAUACUACAAAAUGGCCAGCUAAUUACCAACACCAAGUGAGAGACAAGCAUGAAGACACAAUGAACCCAUGUACAACAUGAAGCAUUACGGUGGAUAUGAAGUAUUACAGUGGACAUGAAGUAGCACAGUGGAUAUUUAUUAUGGUGGAUAUGAAGCAUCAUGGUGGAUAUGAAGCAUCCUGGUGAAUAUGAAGCAUCAUGGUGGAUAUGAAGCAUCCUGGUGAAUAUGAAGCAUCCUGGUGAAUAUGAAGCAUCCUGGUGAAUAUGAAGCAUCAUGGUGGAUAUGAAGCAUCAUGGUGGAUAUGAAGCAUCCUGGUGAAUAUGAAGCAUCAUGGUGGAUAUGAAGCAUCAUGGUGAAUAUGUAUUGUGCCAAAAAUAUUGGUGCCAAAAGUUAUUUAUAUAUUUUCUUAAAAGCCAAA